UAAAAUAUAAUUACCUGAAAGAAAAAUCUAUUUACCAUGUUUUAAAAAGAAAAUGAGGAUAUUUCCACUCUCAAAAUAAUCUAGAAAUGAGAGAAUUCCUACCCCUACCCCUAAAUGAAUAAAAUGCAGAGCUCCUCGUGUGUUCACACUGGCUUGCAUUAUGACCUCUUUGUGACGGUGGGACAGCAUUAGGGAUGAGUGUCUUCAUUUUGUGGACAACAGUCAAAGUGUCGGAUUAAAAUCUACUCUGACACCCAGCAGUUUGUUUGUGGGAUGUAUCGUUCAUCGUUUUAUGUGGGUGACAGACUGAUUUAGACCCAUUCGGCAGCUUAAAAGGCCUUUGUGUUUCCCUCCAAAAUCUGACUGGCAACAUGCCGCUUCUUCGUAAGCUACCAUUCCAUAGGCAGAAAAUACCCCACGAUCUCAACCCAGAGGAAGAGGUGUUUCAUUGCAAAAUCACAAAUGAAAUUUUCAGGGAUUACAAUGCCUUUUUUGAGAGGAUUAUCCUGUGUAACAGCCUUGUGUGGUCAUGUGCAAUUACUGGGAAGUCUGGAAUGACAUUUCAAGAGGCAGAAGAAUGUGAAGAAAAAGCUAAAAAGAACUUGGCAACAUUUCAGGAUAGUCUGAAGAAACCCUUGCUGUUUUUGGCCACCCUAACCCACAGAAGCAGACUGAGUGAUGUAAAUGAUGAUGUCUUUCUCUUUGCUAAAGACCGGUUCUUCAUCGGAGAAGCCCUUGAGUACAUCAGCAGCAAUCAGAGGACGCCGUGCAAGGUUAUUGCUGUCCUACCUCCGUCAGAUGAGAAACCAAAUGGAGAUAUCAUCGUCAUUGAGGAUUCUGAUGAAGAUUCGAAUGCUGCUGGUUCGGAGUCAAAAAGUCAAAAGAAAAAGAAAGGAUUUGGUGCAGAUCCCGUGAGGUUUCAAUACAAAGUGAAAUUACAAGGUUCAUCUUCUCCCAUCACAGCGACUUCACUUUGUCUAAGCCGUAAACGGGGCUUGUAUUCCAGGGACAGAAGCAAGUUGUUCCUAAAGCAGCACUGUGAGCCUGUGAAUGGACUAUGGAAAGUGAAGGAGUCAACUUUGAAAAAACUGAACUUGGGCUCUGCUAAGUUUGAGGAUUUUUUUGCCGGCCCUGCUCCAGGGUUUGAAGUAUCGACCAUCAAGAGAAAGAUCAAUGCGAAAAAGUCGUUCGAUGUGCCAGGAUCGUCCAUUGAGUUUGAAGAGCCACCUCCAGUAAAAAGCCCACAGGUGGAAUAUGUGCCCUUGCCUACUCCUGAAGAUAGGGCUCUGAUGAAAGAAAAAUUGAAGCUGCUGAAACUGGAGGAAAAGAAAAAGAUUUUGGAAGAGAAAGAAGCGAAGAGAGAAGAGAUGAGGAGACAAAUAGAAGCUGAAAAAGUUAGGAGGAAGGAAGAGAAAGAAAAGGAGCGGUUGAGGAAAAUGGAGGAAAAAAGACGAGAGCUGGAGCUGUACAAAGAGUGGGCCAGACCCAGAGAUGACUUGGAGUGUGAUGAUCUAAAGGAAAUGCCAGAGUUCGUUCCAGUGCGUACGAGAGUUCCAAUAGAUUUGUUUGGAGAUGCUGUGAUGAUUUUGGAAUUUGUUCACAUAUUCAAGUCCAUCUUUGAUUUCAAGCAGUUUUUUCCAAAGGGAUUCACAUGGGGAAUGGUGGAAUCUGCCUUGAUGGAUCAUGAACCAGAUGGGCCUCUGUGUGACCUACUGCAGAUGCUCCUUUGUGCAUUGUUCAACCUUCAAGAGGAAGAGGCAGAAGAAUAUCAAGAGUUAGAAAAAGAGGAAACAACAAAACAUAAUGAUGAAAAAGAUGAUGACAUGGAUGAAGAAGUGUCCGCUAAUGAGAUGAUUAAAUCUGCUACAAUUAUGGCACAAUUUUCACAGAAUACUCUUGGCAUGCCUUUGAGGGACACACUUCUGGACCAGUUCACCUUGUCAGAGAUUCUCAGAAUUCACCUGCUGGCCUCUGGGGCUCGGGGUAGUUCGAAAAAUGCUCGCUUUCGUUACCAGCAGCGGGGAGGCUACACGUCUCAGGACGACCCUGGCCUGGAGCUCAAGCUGGAGGACCCAACUAUAGUGAAGAGCCUCUCGCACAGCAACGUCUUUGACUUGAGUCCAGGAGAAAAAGCCAAGAUAAUCAGCACUCUGGUUCAACAAAUUGUGACGUAUGCAAUGGUGAGAGACACGAUUGAAGACUCAGGGGAGAGGCUGAGGAUAAAGAAAUAUGAUCUCAAACAGAUGCAGUGGGCAGAGCAGAGGAGGGAAAAAGAAGAGCAAGCGACCAAAUACAAAAAGAUGAUGGAGGAAAAAGCUCGGGAACAAGCAAGAAGAAUGCAGCAGCUUAUAGCAGAACAAAAUGGGUUACCACAUGAUCCAGCAGCCUUCCAAGAUGCGAAUGAAAAGACGCCAGCACAGAAAGAAGCAGAAAAACAAAAAGAGCAUGAAAUGGAGACAAGAAAGAAAUCUGAGUUCUCUAAGAAGGAAUUUGAAAUGCUGGAGGAGAUUUUGUCUCUACAGAAAAUGGUUUCGGUGUACCCAAUAGGGCGAGAUCGCCUGUUUCGCAGGUACUACUUCUUCACUACUCUGAAUGGUCUGUUUGUUGAGGAUCACGAGCUGCAUGUGCCGGCGGACAUGUUGAGACCUGGAGUUGACACUGCUGGAGCGGGGACCAAGCUCAAAUUGUUACCAGAACUUUCAUUCCAAGGAGAAGAUAAAGAGAACAGCUCCGCCCGUAAAGCUAACGGAGAUGACUGCAUUGUUAUCAGUGACGAUGAGAAUGGAGAGAAACAGGGAAGAUCGAAUGGUGCAAAGUCUCUGGAUGUAAAAGAGGAGACGGCAGAAGGCAGCAAUGACAGGGACUCUCCGCCAGUUUUAGAGAGUAUGGAUUCACUUCCUGACCAGCAGAAACAAUCUCAGAAUCCCACGUGGUCAUUUAUUGACACUCCAGAGCACUUGGAUGCAUUGAUAGCCUGCUUGAACACGCGUGGUUUCCGAGAGUGUGCCCUGAGGAGUGCUUUGAUGGAACUGAAGGCACUGUUGGUGCACUCCCUGCGGGACUGUCCCACAGACAUGCUUAGUCUUCCAGAGGAUGGAGGAGAGGAGAAAGCCAGGAUCCAGGCUUUAGCUCUGACUCGUGGCAUCUCCAGCAAAAAGGCAGCUCAGGAUGCCAUGACAAUGGAAAAGGCCGAAGUCACAAUGGAAAUCAAUCUCAGGGAUGCUAUUUUGGAUAUGGAGGAUCGAAUCCAUGUCGGGGCACUUGGCUCUCUCAAGAUCAAAGAUCGAACAGCAUGGAGAGAGGCUUUGCUAGACAGAACGUACGACAGUCAGACGAAUGACCCAGCGUUUGCCCCCAGCAGCAGGCCACACUUAAAUGGUGGAGAGGAGAUGCCGUCCAUUACCUCAGAGCCUGAGCCUGUGGCACGUGACUUGGCAAAGGCCCUUGUACAGAUUGCGCGGGGAGUUGAACUUCGAUUCUUGAGAGAACCGUUGAAGGAAGAUGAGUCCAAGAAGAAGAAAGCAGCUUCAAAAGAUAAAGAAAAGAAGAAGAAAGAAGACGAGGAGAGUUUUGAAGAUUCUGAGGAAAAUUCGAGUAGCUCCAAGAAGACAACGACUCUCUACGAGCGAUGGGAAGAGUCCCUGCUGGGUGCCACCAGCCUCUCUCAGGUCUACCUGCACCUGGCCACUCUGGACAAGAGCAUUAUCUGGGCCAAGUCCACGUUGGAGACGCGCUGCAAACUGUGCAGGCGUAAAGGAGAUGCUGAGAAGAUGCUGUUGUGUGACGGCUGUGACCGGGGACACCACAUGUACUGUCUGAAACCUCCAAUGGAGAAGGUCCCAACUGGUGACUGGUUUUGUGCAGAGUGUCGGCCUAAACAAACGCCCCGCAGUCCCGUCAGGAAAGGAAGAAGAAAGACGUUCACAGAAGAGGAAGAAAUUGUGGAGGAACCUCCAGAGGAAGAAGUGAUGGAAGAAGAUGAGGAAGAGGAAGAAGAACUAGACGAAGAAGAUGUCACGCUGGAUGAGACAGUGGAAGAUGAAACUGAGGAAGAGGAAGAAGAGCCAGAUGUAGAUAGUGAUGAUGACGAAGAUGAGGAUGAUGUCGACAUGGAAUCUAAUGAGAAUCCGGAGGAGGACUUAUGUACAGGAUGCAAGACGGGAGGGACUCUGAUCUGCUGCGACUGCUGUCCCCGGGCUUAUCAUUUACACUGUGCCAAGCCUGUCCUGAAAAAGGUUCCUCGGGGGAAAUGGAUGUGUCAGGUGUGCAUGGGCAUUGAACGAAGUGGCAAGAUUAAAAUUGGAGCAGCAAAAACAAGCAAAGGCAGCGCCAAGGGCAAAUCGAAAGAAAAGUCAAAAGGCUCAACUAAAGACAAGUUAAAGCCAACAGGCAGCAACAAAUCAACACCGAACAAUUCUCGACCAGGCUCUCGGCGAGAAAGUCCACGAGACAGUCCUGUGCUGGGACGGUCCCGGAAACAUCCGCCAUCAGCCUUGGCUUUGGAAGAGGCAGGAAAUUCCAAGCCCAAGAAGAAACGUGCAAGACUUUCGUACGACCCUGUGUCAGAUGGCAGCCCUAUCAUGCGUAUGAUGAAGCCCAUCAACCCAAGCUCUAAGCGUGCCAACAGUCAACAGCAGCAGCUGAAGACGGCCGAGGAGCUGAUCAAUGAACUCAUGAAGCAUGAGGACGCUUGGCCCUUCCUCAAGCCCGUAGACAAAAAAUUGGUGCCCGACUACUAUGAUGUCAUUGAAGUCCCGAUGGAUUUUGGCACGAUUAGGAACAAAAUCCACGCGUUCACAUACCAGAAGCCAUCGGCGAUGUUGGCGGACGUCCGCCUCAUCUUUAGUAAUUGUGUGGAGUAUAACACGAGAAACAGUCCGGAGUACAAAGCUUACUAUAGACUCUCCAAGUUCUUUGACAAGCGAGUGAAGGAGCUGUCGCUGUCUGAGGAUGCUCCCACGCCGGUCAAGAAUCCAAAAGGCAGGGUGUCUGUCUGACCAAAUAAGAGAUUUUAGGGACAUUAUGACAUUACGUUACUAUGGGUAAUUGUGCUGUUUGAAACACUUCCAUUUUUCUUCUCUCCUUGUAUUAAUUUUUAUAUAUACUGGUAAGAGAGCACAUUUUCAGCAUUGAGUGUCUGGAGUGUUUCAGAACGGAUUUGGGUGGUGUUAAGCUGAAUUCAGAAGGAUGCAGAAAUCCUUUUGAUAGGGGGCAUCUAGGUCAAUUGUAGUUUACACAUAAAUUACUUCCUGAAAGAGUUAAAACUACUUUUUUGUGUGUGGAGAAUUCUAGAGGUCACAGAAGAUGCAAUGAUCUCUAAGCACCCAUUACAGUUAUAUUACCACCCACAAUGGAAGUAAUGCAUUGUGUCAUUCAUUUUUCAUCUCAUGUAUUGUGGCUGCCUCUUUGAAGAGGGGGCUUUGUUUCUUGUUAAAUAUCAUUGCCAAGUUCAUUACUCAAAUGUUUCAGUCAGGUCAUAUGACUUUGUGUGAAAGUGUUCUGUGUGAGCGACACUUAACUCCAAAUCAAUGUCCACAUCAUUUUUCCAUUUCUUGAGUGACAUGAAAUUAAGAACAUUUUUGGAUAGCAAUGGUUUCAGAAUCGUAGUUCAAACAUGUGUACCAGUGGGAUUUAAGUGAUUGUACUACUAAUUUUCUUGGUUGAAUUACGAGAAUAUAUUUGAGAUGGAUUUUACUGGCUAAAGUGGAUUUUUUUUAAAAAGGUCUGAUACACGUGUUACUUUUUGAGGUUGUUGAUGCUUAGACACCAUUCCGGAUAACUUCUUUCAUGAUCGGUAAUUGUUGGGAAUUCUAAAUUCUUAAUUAGUAAUUGUGUAUUAUGUGGGUUAUGUCUAGUUUUUAUUGGUGUUCGGUUUUUUUUUCUUCAGUCUAUUUAUUUUGUUGUUUUUUAUUGAACUACUGGACAGGAAUACUUGAUGUUCGUUUUGAAUUGGGCUUCGCUCUGGGGGUUUUGGGGGUCAGUAGGCCUGUGUGAUAGACCAGACUCUGGAGUCAACAUUGGUCAAGAUAGCGAGGUGCACAGAAAGUGUGGCAGGCAUGAAGUAAAGAUUUGGGAGAAAUUCCUAAUGAACCAUGUUCAGAAAAACUUUUAUUAAAACAUUUGAUAGCCCCUAUAAUCUCAGAGGAGGAAUAAUUGUUUAUGCAUAUCGUCUUUUUGAUGAAAAAAAUUUAUUUCAAUAAGCAGACACAAUUAGAAAGAAAAUUACGCACCAGCGUAUUUUAAUUUAAAUAGCACCUUUUUGGAGGCAUGCUCUAGCCAUGAGGUCCUGAGUCGGAUUAAUUUUGAUUACAAAACUAUAUAUUUUUUGAAAAAACGCCCGAUACCAUUUGUGUGGCAUCAUGGUGAAAUCAAGUGCUUGGAAAAAAA